AUGAGCUCAAAACCGAAUUUUAUAGAUAAUGAAACUACCGAAUCUAGACGACCUGAAACUCUUGCUCAACAUGUAUCAAUUACCGAUGACUAUUCAAAUGAUCGAAAUCAAUCGAAUAGUAUAAGCAAAAUUAAACGAUUUAAUUACUCUCACACUGAUGAAAUAUCAGUAAAAAGUAUUAAAAAUUGUAGUGAUUCUUAUAAAGCGAUUAAUGGAAUUGUUUCAAGCACUAUUGUUAAAACUGAGACUAUAAACGUUUUACUAUCCAUAAAUGUUAAGUAUAUGACUGUAGAAGAUCCUUAUUCAGAACGCCAUGAAAAUAUUCCAAAUCUAUCACUUAGUUUAUGA